GCUUGGUUGGGUCAUCCAUCCUCUCUCUCUCUCUCUCUCUCUCUCACUUACGCGCCAUUAAAAUAUUACACAACAGGGGGUAAUCAUUGACCGCGACUCGGAGAAAUACACACCCUCCAUCACCUUCUGUCUAUAAAUUUCCUCUCACUGGCCUCAUAUUUCCAUGCUUGAUUGGGUCAUCCGCCCUCUCUCUCUCUCUCUCUCUCUCUCUCUCUCUCUCUCUCUCUCUCUCUCUCUCUCUCUCUGUGCGUGUGUGGAAAAAUGAGUGCAGGAGGAGAUUUCAGGGUGAUGGUGAGUAGGAAGGAAAUGGUGGCGGCGGUGCUCCCGAUGCAGGAACACUGGCUGCCUCUGUCGAACCUGGACUUGCUUCUGCCUCCGGUGGACGUCGGCGUGUUCUUCUGCUACAGAAGGCCGGCCGCCGUCGCUGGCAACGGGGCGUUUGGGACUAUGGUGAGUGUUCUGAAGAAAUCCUUGGCCCAGGCUCUGGUGUCCUUCUACGCCUUCGCCGGAGAGGUGGUGCAGAACUCGGUGGGGGAGCCGGAGCUCCUCUGCAACAAUCGAGGGGUGGAGUUCGUGGAAGCCGCUGCCGACGUCGAGCUCCGGCACCUGAACUUGUACAAUCCUGACGAGAGCAUCGAAGGGAAGCUGGUGCCAAAGAAGAAGCAAGGGGUGCUCACUGUUCAGGCAACGGAACUGAAAUGUGGAGGUUUGGUGGUGGCAUGCACAUUUGACCAUCGAAUAGCCGAUGCCUACUCUGCCAACAUGUUCUUCGUCGCCUGGGCGGACAUGGCUCGCUCUGAACCAACAUCUCUGCUACCAUCUUUUCGCCGAUCUCUGGUUAAUCCUCGCCGUCCAGGCUACUACGAUCCCUUCGUCGACGCAAUGUACGCGCCCAUCUCCGCCUUGCCACCGCCCAAGGACCCGCCUUCCCCGCCUGUCGACCACCUCAUCAGCCGCAUCUACUACGUACCCGCCGACGAAAUCAACCGCCUCCAAUCCAUAGCCAGCGCCGGAAACUCCAACAGGAGGACCAAGCUCGAGUCCUUUAGUGCUUUUCUAUGGAAACUCGUCGCCGAAAGCUCUUCGUCUUUUUCGGGCCGCGACAAAAAGAUGUGCAAGAUGGGCAUUGUGGUGGACGGAAGGGCGAGGCUCAUGGACGGGAACGAAAAAUCGCCGAUGGCGGUGUAUUUCGGAAACGUUCUGUCCAUCCCCUUCGGGGCGCAGAGGAUUGAGGAGCUGAAGGAUAGACCGCUGAGCGCGGUGGCGGGUGCCGUGCGCGAGUUCCUGAAAGCAGCGGGGACGAAGGAGCAUUUCUUGGGGCUGGUAGACUGGGUGGAGGCGCACCGCCCGGAACCGGCGCUGGCAAGGAUAUACAGCAGCGGAAGUGAGGACGGACCGGCGUUCGUGGUGUCGUCGGGACAACGGUUUCCGGUAGAGAGGAUCGAUUUCGGGUGGGGCGGGUGUGUAUUCGGGUCGUACCAUUUCCCAUGGGGAGGGGAUGCCGGGUACGUGAUGCCGAUGCCGAGUCCGAGGCGGGAAGGGGAUUGGAUCGUGUACGCGCAUCUGCUGAAGGGGCAAUUGGAAGUGAUAGAGACGCGGGCGGCUGACGUGCUUCGGCCUUUGACUACCGACUAUCUGGGCUUGACCUGAGCUUUAAAUCAGGUCGUGGACCCUACCGCCUGCCAAGUACCAACUAGUGGGCGACGGGGCAGUGGGUCGACCCAAUUUGAUCGUCAAUGUGUCGCACGUGCGCGCACUCGGGGCAGCGAGAAACGUGUCUCUGUCGGUUUAACAUAUGUUUUUUUUUUUCCAUAAAUAUGUGAGAAAAAAUAUGGCUUGUUCAUAUGGUUGUUUGAAUUAACUGAUUGGUUGGAGUGAAUUUUAAUUUAUAUAUAGUUGUUUGGAGCUUAGAAAUUAAA